UUUGUCCUCAUAUUACACACUCUGCUGGCUCUGCUGCUAGACCCCCAGAUGGAGGAUCCAUAGGCGAGCCUCCCCCAACCCGAUGAGGUUUGACAAAGCGUGGUUAAUAAGUCAACAGAAUUCAGAAACCAGGACCGGAUUAAGAAGGCAAUUUUAUUUUGGUGCCCCGGACUUCAAGCAGAUUAAAUAAUCAAAAAGCCUGAGCCUGAGCCAUUGGGGUCAUGUUUGAAUGCUACAGCUGUUCACUGAGGUUUGACAAACAUUCUUUCUGUGGCUUGUUGUCUCAAUGGGAAAAGCAGUGAUGAUCUUGGGGAAGGUGACGCUUUAAGUAAGAAGGGGGGGCACAAUCAAAAGAUUCUCUUACAGAAAACAAUCCCAGCCAGAUGGAAACAGGGGAAGGGCUGCUGAAGUAAGUGGUCCCCUGAAAGCGACAACUGUUCUCUGCAUUGAAGAAAAGUGCAAGCAGGAUUCAGAAAAAAAAAGUGAAUGAAAAGCUGGACUCGGAGUUUGCCAUGGCCUCGGUUUGUUGAUCUGCAACUUAAUAAAAGUGGGCUUCAGGUUCAGCGGGUAAGCCUGUGAAGACUCAGUCAUGGAAGGUGAACUUUCCCUGCUUUCAAGUAUGAUUUUCCUGCUCCCGGUGGUGUGUGGCUGCCCAGAGAGUUGCCGCUGUCACUCACCUUCCAAUUCUGUAGACUGUAGCCGGCAAGGUCUGGCUGAAAUCCCUCCUGGUUUGCCUCCUCAGACUCUGACGCUGCACUUACAAGAUAAUCAGAUACACGAGCUUCCGGCUUUUGCAUUUAAAUCCGUGCCAAAGCUCACAACCUUGAACCUGUACAACAAUUCUCUUUCAAAUCUGACUCCUGGAGUUUUCCAUGGACUUCAGCACUUGAGGAUCUUAAACCUAACCCAGAACUCCCUGCAUUCCCUGGAAAGCAGGCUUUUCCAUUCCCUCCCACAGCUGAGGGAGCUUUAUUUGUCAUCAAACAACAUAAGUCACCUUCCUACAUCCUUGGGAGAGCACUGGGAGAACCUAACUGUAUUUGCAAUUCAACAAAACCGGCUUCAGCAGCUUGAUCGAGCCCUCCUAGAAUCCAUGCCCAGAGUGAGGCGUUUAUCUCUCAGGGACAACCUCUGGAAAUGCAAUUGCUACUUGCUCAGUCUUAAACUCUGGCUGGAGACAUUUAUCUAUAAAGGAGGAAUAAUGGACAGUGUCAUCUGUGCGUCACCGGAUAUCUGGAAGGGAAAGGACCUCCUUAAAAUCCCUCAUGAGCUAUACCAGCCCUGCCCUUUUCCUUCUCCAGAUCUGGAGUCCUCACAAGUGCAGCAGCCAGGUGCUGUCCACCAGGUUGUCCCCAGGCCCCCUAAGAGCCACGGUGUGGGGGAACGAGACCACUGGAAGUGUGAGAUCAAACCCAAGCUGAGGCCGGCCAAUCUGCGCUACGCCAUGGCCACCAUCGUCAUCACUGGGGUUGUAUGUGGGAUUGUGUGUCUCAUGAUGUUGGCAGCCGCCAUCUAUGGCUGCACCUACGCAGCUAUUACUGCCCAGUACCGUGAGGGACACUUGGCUCAAGCCGAUGAGCCUGUGAAGACAGAAGGAAAGGAGCUAUUUGACAGCUCACCAGCCUGAAAGCUUUCAUCUCAAAUAGGAAUAAUCAUUUUAGGCCAGAAGAAAGUGUCUGAGUAGGGCUGAUAGUUCACUGUUAUUGCCUCAUUUUGAUUUUUCCAAAAGAAAAAAAAAAAA